AUGUACGGUCCUGCCCCGAUUGUAGUUCCAGCAAGAGUCGCCCACAACAUCAAGGGUACUCGCCGAGCAAUAGAGACCAUUCCAAAUUGUCUCCAUGGAUUCGUCAUACCGUUACCGAAGUCUCGACGCGGGAGCACCGCCCUGUUGCUCUUCCAAUGCGCUUGCACUGGUUUCGUCAUGGGGAAAGCGAUGGCGGACACGACAGCACUCCGGGUUGGACAAGCGUUUGAAGAGUGUGUCAACCGAAGGUUCGGUGCACCGCCGUUGAUCAGGCAUGAUCGAGACCCCCGUUUCAUGAGCGAAGUGUUUCCAGCGUUCGCGGGGGUGAUGCGGUCGAGGUCAAGAGCUACACUCAGUUACCGACCACAAGCUAACGGGCAACAAGAGCGGUCAGUGAAAAACGUCAUGCAGUCGGUCCGCGUAUAUACCGAAGAUCCCUUGCAACAAGAUUGGGAUGAGAUCGCAGAGAAGUUGAUAUUUGCGAUUAACAACUCCACCGAUGCUACGCGGAAGGAGACACCUUUCUACCUAGUCCACGGAUGGGAUGCACAUUCGACUUUGGGAGCAAUGACAUCGCCGUUUAAACAAGGAAACGGACGCCAGUCCGAUGCCCUUAAAUGGCGACGAGAAGUGAACUGA